CUGUAGAUGAUCCGACCACUAUCCUGAGGAUCGACUUCCUGUCCAUCUCUCACUGCACUCAUCACCGCCACCAGGUCCUUAGGGACAGACACCUGAGGGACAGGGGGAGCUCUCUCCGGUUUCUGCCCGCUGAUGAUGAUGGAGGCUCGGAUGGUGAUGCGCGGAGCUGCUGCCGUUUUGGUCCGGUCGUGAUGGACCCAUUUGACGGUCCCGGUUCUCCCCGACACGAGGAGCAGGAGGAGGCGGGGUGCGCGGAAAGCCGGAGCCGGUGGGCCCGCUUCUCCUCCUGGUUGGAGUGCGCGUGCGUCGUUACGUUCGACUUGGAGCUCGGACAAGCCAUUGAGCUGGUUUAUCCUCAAGAUGUGAAGCUGACAGAGAAAGAGAAAACCAGCAUCUGCUACCUGUCCUUCCCUGACUCGUACUCAGGGUGCCUUGGGGACACUCAGUUUAGCUUCCGCUUCCGUCAGUCGGUCGGUCGCCGAACAUCGAGGCUCAGAGACGACCUUUACAACCGUGACGCUCCCGUCACACUGCAGAGAGAAACGGCGCAUUUCUUCGGUUACGUCUACUUCAGACAAGUGAAGGACGUCUCUGUGAAGAGGGGCUACUUCCAGAAGUCCCUGGUGCUGGUGUCCAGGUUACCAUACACUCACCUGUUCCACUCGCUGAUGCAGACCAUUGCACCUGAGUUCUUUGAGAAGCAUGAGCCCUGCCUUGAAGCAGUUUGUAACGAGAUCGACCAGUGGCCUUCACCUGUACCUGGGCAGACCCUCAACCUGCCUGUAAUGGGCGUUAUCUUACAGGUGAGGAUUCCUUCUAAAUUCGACAAACCUGGGGGAAGUCCUGUGCGACAGACGGCUAAAGAGAACCUGCUGCUGGCGCCGACCCUCCUGCCCACCAUCCACGAGCUGGACCUGUUUAAGUGUUUCCAGUCCGUUCUAAUCCACCUGCAGAUGCUCUGGGAACUUGCCUUGCUCGGGGAGCCGCUUGUCAUCAUGGCUCCAUCUCCCACCAUUUCUUCGGAAACAGUCCUGGCUAUCAUCAGCUCCAUCAGCCCUCUGAAGUUCUGCUGCGACUUCCGACCCUAUUUCACCAUCCAUGACAGCGAGUUCAGGGAGUACACCACCAGGACGCAGGCGCCACCAAGCGUCGUGCUGGGCGUCACCAACCCGUUCUUCAUCAAGACGUUUCAGAGCUGGCCUCACAUCGUCCGGCUGGGAGAGGUCAAGAUGGCAGGUGAUUUACCGAAGCAGGUGAAGGUGAAGAAACUUUCUAAGCUGAAAACGCUUGACACCAAACCAGGAAUCUACACGGCUUACAAGACGUUUCUGCACAAGGACAAGAUCCUGAUCAAGAGGCUGCUGAAGGGGAUCCAGAGGAAGCGGCCGUCAGAGGUGCAGAGCGCCAUCCUGAGGCGACACCUGUUGGAGCUCACGCAGAGUUUCAUUAUCCCCCUGGAACGCUACAUGGCGAGUCUGAUGCCCCUGCAGAGAUCCGUUACGCCCUGGAAGACUCCGCCUCAGAUCCGCCCCUUCAGUCAGGACGAGUUCCUGUCCACAUUGGACCAUGCGGGCCCGCAGCUCACCUCUCUGCUUAGAGGUGAUUGGAUAGGACUGUACAGGAAGUUCUUCAGGUCUCCGAACUUUGACGGCUGGUACCGUCACCGCCACCGAGAGAUGACACAGAAGCUCGAGAGUCUCCACCUGGAGGUCAUCUGCGAUGCGGACCUGCUGGGAUGGACCAAAGACAAGUCUGAGGUGGAGGUUGUGGAUCUGAUUCUGAAGCUCAGAGAGAAGCUGAUUAAAGCUCGGCGUCAGCAGCUGCAGCUCAGAGAUGGUGUGAUGGACAAACUCGACUCUUUCAUUACCUCCAUCAUCAGCUCGCUGCCUGCUGACCUGCAGAGUGUGCUUGGCACAGGCGCGUCACCAUGACGACAGCUAACCCCAACAUCCAGGACUCACGCUUGUGUUCAUCAGCAUCUUCACACUCCGCAGAAAAACCAACAUCGGCUCAAAUCUUCAGUUUUUGGAAUAUUUAACUUUAUUUAAACUUUAUUACCUGUCCCCAUCAAGCUGCUGCUCUGAUGUUUUCCUUUCUCUGACGGUGGAAUCAGGCUGUUUGCGUUUCACAGAAGUGGUAUUUUUCUAUCAUCUCCACAAACUGAAUGUAACACUAAGAAUGAAGCUCCACUUUGUUUGUUUGUAAACCUUUAUUUUGAAAUUAAAGUCUGAUCACUUCC